AUGGUAGUGGUGAAUUGCACUAACGACAGGAGGAGAGGGAAAGAAAGAGUGUGUUGUAUGUAUGUUCUUAAGAGGAUGGUCGAGCACAACGAUGGUAACAAGUGGAUGGUGGUGGCAAAUGGCGAUGAUGACACACGAAUGGUGGUAGCGAACGAUAAUGGUUGCAGACAGAUCGUGGUGGUGAAUGACGAUGGUGGACAAAGUAUUUUCCGACAAGAAAACGAAGAGACCAUGUUAAGACCAAGACUUAACUUGAAGGGCCCACAUAACCCCCACGAUUUCAUGGUGCACUGGCCAGUAAUCGAAACUUCUCAGUAUUCAGUCAGAUCAUUGAAGAGUCUCUCCGGCGCAAUGUCAUCCGUAACGUCGGAAUUCGCCGUCACCGGAGGAGGCAGCGGUGUCGAAUUUGAUGAAAUAGAGCUCACAUUAGGGUUACCAGGGGAGUCGCGAGAGAGGAAGUCCGGAACAAAACGACUGUUUUCAGAUGUGGUUGAUUUGAAAUUAGGUAACUGUGGAGAACAAGAGGCCAUUGAAUCCGAUUGCGAAUGCUCGGAUUUGGACUCGAGAAAACCUCCGUCGAAGGGAGAAGUGGUUGGAUGGCCACCGGUGAGAUCCCAUAAUAGGAAGCAUACGGUGAGGAAGAGUAGUAAUUGCAAGUAUGUAAAGGUGGCUGUUGAUGGAGUACCUUAUUUGAGAAAAGUAGACCUGAAAUCCUACACAGGAUACCAACAGCUUCUUUGUGUUUUCGAGGACAUGUUUUCCUGCUUCGCCAUUGGCAAUCGUGCAUUGAUCAAUGAGAAUAACAUGAUAGAUUCUUUAAACACGUCGGAUCAUGUUCCAACGUAUGAAGAUAAAGAUGGUGAUUGGAUGUUAGUCGGGGAUGUUCCAUGGAAGAUGUUUGUUGAAACAUGUAGGCGAAUAAGAUUAAGGAAAAGCUCCGACUAGUCUUGGUCUAUUUUGUCCGCAAUCAUGAUUGUAAUUACGUUCGUAAUGGGUUUUUUAAUUUUUAUGGUGUAGCCUCUUUCGAACAUCAUGAAUUCUUUGAUGAUUGACGACUGUUUGAUUUAGGAGAUAUAAUAUAUUUGUAGAGGAAGUUUUUUAGGAAUAGAAUAUAACUUUAUUAUAUGUAAUCACACAUGGAGUUUUUGUUUCGGAUCCAUGCAAUAAAUUUUUUGGUGGGGAGUUUUCAUGAACAAGCAAAAACAUUUAAUGUAAUUGCCCGCAUGGGAUAUGUCAUAUGACGGGUUACCAUAUUUGAAAAAAGUUUAAUUGUUUGAUUC